UAGUACACGUCGUGUUUUUCACGCCGAUUUCGCAAUUAUUACGUUUCGCGGGUGAAAAUCGCGGAAAUUAUGCAAAAUUCUCCGAUAAAGAAGGUCAAUCACGGUGAAGUUCAACUCCGGAAGCCGCCGAUAAUCACAGCGGAGGAGGAAAAAGCUCUCAGGGAUCAACUUCACCUGGAAAUUGAGAACAAAACCAAAGCUUGCUCUUUUUCAAAGUACGAUUGCGGUGGGCAGAGGCUUGUGGGCUAUGAAUACUGCCUGAAGCACAUCCUGCAGGAUCCCAGAGCACCUUACAAACAGUGUGCUUAUGCCUAUCCCAUCACAGGGAAGAGGUGCCUUCAGCCGGCUCCGAAAUACGAAUCCAGGAGGAAUGUUGCAUUCACAAACUUCUGCUUCGAGCACAGUCGUCUCAAUCAACUAUCCAAGACUCAGGCUACCACAGGGAAGCUGAAGCAUCUAGAAACCCAGGAAUCCUUCCUCAAUGAACUCUCGCACUACGUCAAGACCGAACCAUCCCAGAUUCCUGCCCAGGACACAGAAGUGGACGUUGUGACUCCGUGCCUGGAUCCCUUCUUGGAAAUCAACAGCCAGGAGAUCAAUGAAAGGGGCCGGAAGAUUCUGGAUUAUGCUUCCGACAGCUCCACAGAUGACGAUAUGCCGACGAUCUCAAACACCUGGAGGGGAUAUGAGAUGGACAACUCGGACAAUGAGAGCGUGGACUCCCAAAAUGAAGAUCUUCUCAAGUCAUCGAGGAACUUUGUGGCCGACUCAUCAAGCACUGAAAAAAGUGCUUUAAGCGGCCCAAGUUCUUGUUCAAGCCAACAUGAAAAAGGACACGCCAGCAUUUACACGACAGAAGAGGCCACAAUGAUCACAAAGCAAAAACUGAUAAGGCUUCAGUCUCUUUACGUCGAUCAGUUUGAGCGUCUGCAUCAUGUGCUGCGCGAGAAGCGUAGAAAGUAUCUGCAUUCGCUGCGUCGCGAGAGAGAAACAUACUGUAGCAUUCACAAUCAGUCACGUGAUACGCCGAGAGAGCGUAGGCUGUACAGAAAGCUAAAGGCUCUCAAUCAGUAUCACAAGAAACACGGGGUAGAGGCUGUGUUGCACAGGAAGAGGCUCGAGAGGAGGAAUAAGGCAAUAGUUGGCCUGGCCCAGAAGACACCAUUUCACAACAGAUGCACCUUCACGGAGGGCGGCGUGAAGUGCAACGAGAGAUCAAUUCCGUGCUGCAAGUUUUGCAAGAAGCAUAUACUCGAGGACAAGAAGCAAGUGCUCUUUAGGGCCUGUGGCGUGGAGAAGAGUGGCGUUGUUUGUCAAGAAGCCGUCCCCGUGAUUUACGAUGAUGCCACAUGCGUCUUGCACAUUGACAUGCCACCAGCGAGAUCCUACGUCCUGAAGAAAUACGAAUCUGAAUCAGAGGAAGAUGAGCCACCGGCCAAAGUGAAGACGCUGGAAAUCAAAGAGGAGAAAUCCCUGGCUCAUCCAGAUGACGACGUCCUUCCGCCCGUGAGCAGUGAAGCCUCCUGCUCCAAGAUGGAAGUAGCCCAGGAAGUGGAGAUCAAAGAGGAGUUCGUGGCGCCAACAGAGGAAGUGCCAGCAAUUGCCAAGGAGGAAGAAAUCAAGAUGGAUUGAAGGCGCAAAUUUCAAUAAAUUUUAUUUCAAUAUUUCAGAGUUCGCGAGAAAAAAAGAGCGCAAAAAUAAUUGUCUGUAAUGUAUAAAAUAAAAAACAGAGAUUGGAAAACA